UUAGUAAUCACCGAAAAUUGCAUCAUCUUGGAACCCUUACUUACCUUACCCUGCUUUUCAAUUUUCUAUCUUUUUAAACUCUCACUCAACUCCGCCGCGUAGAUCCGGGGAGUUUUUGGGAAACCCUAACUCCGUUCAACUAACGCCGUCACAAUUUUCUUCACCUCCAAAUCAUCAAGCUAUGGCUGGACUUGCACCUGAGGGGUCACAAUUUGAUGCUGGGAAGUUUGAUGCCAGAAUGAAUGACUUAAUGGCUGGUGAUGGAAAUGAGUUCUACACUAUUUCUGACGAGGUUUGUGAUAGUUUUGAUGCUAUGGGCUUGCAAGAGAAUCUCCUCAGGGGCAUUUACGCUUAUGGUUUUGAAAAGCCAUCUGCCAUUCAGCAAAGGGGAAUUGUUCCCUUCUGCAAGGGACAUGACGUUAUUCAACAGGCUCAGUCUGGAACUGGAAAGACGGCAACUUUCUGCUCCGGUGUUCUACAGCAACUUGACUACAGUGUGACCCAGUGCCAGGCCUUGGUUUUGGCCCCAACUCGUGAGCUUGCUCAGCAGAUUGAGAAGGUUAUGCGGGCUCUUGGAGACUAUCUAGGUGUUAAGGUGCAUGCUUGUGUGGGAGGUACAAGUGUUCGUGAAGAUCAACGCAUUCUAUCAAGUGGUGUCCAUGUUGUGGUUGGUACUCCUGGUCGAGUGUUUGAUAUGCUGCGCAGACAGUCUCUUCACCCGGAUUACAUCAAGAUGUUUGUGUUGGAUGAGGCUGAUGAAAUGCUCUCUAGAGGUUUCAAAGAUCAGAUCUACGAUAUAUUUCAGCUGCUCCCAGGUAAGAUUCAAGUAGGAGUUUUCUCUGCUACAAUGCCUCCUGAGGCACUUGAAAUCACAAGGAAGUUUAUGAACAAACCUGUGAGGAUUCUUGUGAAGCGUGACGAGCUCACCUUGGAGGGUAUUAAGCAGUUUUAUGUCAAUGUUGAGAAAGAGGAAUGGAAGCUGGACACACUCUGUGAUCUUUACGAGACAUUAGCAAUCACUCAGAGUGUCAUCUUUGUUAACACCAGAAGGAAAGUUGAUUGGUUAACUGACAAGAUGCGAAGCCGAGACCAUACAGUCUCUGCUACUCACGGAGACAUGGAUCAGAAUACCAGGGACAUCAUUAUGCGUGAAUUCCGUUCCGGGUCUUCUCGUGUUUUGAUAACCACCGAUCUCUUGGCCCGUGGUAUUGAUGUCCAACAAGUGUCUCUGGUUAUCAAUUUUGAUCUCCCUACACAGCCUGAGAACUAUCUCCAUCGUAUUGGUCGUAGUGGAAGGUUUGGUAGAAAAGGUGUUGCCAUUAACUUUGUCAAUAAGGAAGACGAAUCAAUGCUGCAAGAUAUCCAGAAGUUUUACAAUGUGUUAGUUGAGGAGCUGCCAUCCAAUGUCGCUGAGCUCCUCUGAUGAGAUUUUGCCCGCCAUAUUAGACGCAAAUUAGUACCUUUGGUGGUAAUUGUUAUGGUGAUGUUUACCCUCCCACCCUGACUUUUUGGUUUUAUUUCUGCUUUUGAACUUUAUUUGUUUGAUAGUCUUGGUAAUUUAAGUUGCAUGGUCGGGUAAGUACUUUGUGUAAUUCUAUUAGUGUUGGACACUCUUGCAUAUUUCUAGAAGGCAAAUUUUCUAGUGUGUACGUUUUAACAUCACUUAAGCUUUAAAUACAUUGAUGUGGUUUAAUUGAA